AUGAUGUCUCAAGUCGAUGCCCAUAUUCGUUUGAUUCAAGAGAAAUUAGCCGGCGAGGGCUCCGAAUUUUCCUAUGAAGAAAUUGAAGAAGUUUUCAAAGUUCUCAAAGAUGCUUCGUUGAAGCUUAUCGUUGCUAAUGUGCCGCGUGCAAUAUUUUCAGAUACAAUCGCCCGGGUUUGUUUACUGCAAAUGAGGUUUUGA